AUGGGUAUCCCUUGGACGAUUUAUCUGUAUGGCAUUGCGCCCUGUACCGGCGGCCUUGCAUUCGGCUAUGACACCGGCUCCAUGAGCGGCAUCCUAGUCAUGCCCCAAUUCCUCACCUACAUGAACUAUCCCAGCAAUUUCCUCCAAGGUGGAAUUACCGCAUCCAUCCAAGCCGGCGCAUUUGCGGGGUCGUUGCUGACGGGCGCCUUUCUCGCCGAUAAGCUGGGCCGGAAAAGAACUUUGCUGUUAGGAUCUGCUAUUUUUACGAUUGGUAUUAUUAUAUCGACCGUUGCGAAUAAUGUUGCUGCUUUGGUGGCUGGGCGUGUCAUUAAUGGGAUUGGGAAUGGGUGUUUGGCGAUGAUGGUACCGAACUAUCAGAGUGAAAUCUCGCCUAGAGAAAUUCGAGGUCGCAUUAUCUCUGUCCAGCAAUGCUUCAUCAACUUCGGCAUCCUGAUCGCCUUCUGGAUCCAAUACGGUACCAGCCACAUCGACGGACAAGCUGCAUGGCGUCUCCCCAUCGGUCUACAGAUGAUCCCCACAAUUGUGUUACACAUAACAAUGUACUUUAUGCCAGAGUCACCGCGCUGGCUCGUGCAGCAAGACAGACAGCAGGAAGCGCUCGAAGUGCUUGCACGACUACAUUCGAAAGGCGAUACGAAUGAUGCGUAUGUGCGCGCGGAGUUGACAGAGAUUAUUGCCAAGCUCAGGUGGGAAAAGAGUAAUCCGCCGACGACUUAUGCUUCGAUGUUGUUUGGGGUGGAGGCGAGAAGGACGUGGCUGGCUAUUGGGGUGCAAUUCUGGCAACAAGUCACUGGUAUCAACGUAAUUAUGUACUACGCAGUCUUCCUCUUUCAACAAGCCGGUCUCGGUGAGACCUCUGCUUCGCUACUCGCCAACGGUCUUCAAGGCGUCAUACUAAACAUCUUCACCUUACCAAACAUGUACUACAUGGACUCCUGGGGCCGUCGACGUCCUAUGAUUGUUGGCGGUGUUGGCAUGGGAGUAGCCAUGAUGCUAAUCGGAGUAAUCAUGAAAACUAAAGGCGACCCAAUCUACGAUCCCCUCACCAAAAAGACCAACUUCACUUUCGCAGACCACAACGCCUCCAACGCCACGGUCGCGUUUGUGUAUAUCUACGUGAUGUUUUUUGCGUUGACCUGGGCAUGUGUUGCGUGGGUUUAUCCGCCGGAGCUAUUUAGCAUGAAUAUGCGUGGACGGGGGACUUCGAUGUCAUCGGCGACUAAUUGGUUUGUGAACUUUUGGUUCGCGUUGUACAUUCCGACGGCCAUGGAUAAGAUUUCAUGGAAAUUAUAUCUCAUAUUCAUGGCUCUCUGCUUUCUAAUGGCCAUCGUCGUCUUUCUCUACUACCCCGAAUCCGCCGGCAAGACUUUAGAAGAAAUGGACUUUUUAUUCACCCCUGACCGCACGCCAUGGGUCUUUCAGGAUCGAUCUGCGACCAAGAUUGGUGCCAUUUUUGAGCGUGACAUGGCUCAUGGCGAGGCGCUUACUGCUUUCGAUGCUGGUAAAGCGGCGAAGUUGGAUGAUUUAGAGCUUGGGGAGCAUGUGGAGAUUUCUCAAUCUUGA